AUGGCUACAGAGCCAGGUUUGGGUCAUUGCCUUAAGGUUUGCCUACCUGGAAAUGAUGACGACUUGGAAUUACAGGAAGUAGACAUCUACGAACGACAAAGAGCGAACAUGGACAGCAUCGUCGGUUUCAUGCUCAAACCUGCUCCACCGGGUUGGACGAUAGGCUCAGUGUCGAUAGAUCAGUUCUUUGCGGAACUGAUCUUGGACCGUAUCGAUGUCACUGCUACCACUCUUCCAGCAGUAACCGAGCCUCCAGUAGACCUAACAGUUGAACGGAUCGUGAAUUUGUUCGACAAAGAGCUCCGGUAUUGCGUGCAGAAUGACCAAUGGGAAACUCAGGGUCGAAAUUACUUUGCAGAGAAAGUGCGGUUUUUUGUGUAUCAUAAUUCCACAUUGCAAUUGUGCCUUCCGGCGUUUCCGUGCAAGUCAUCGAAUCUUGAGAAGGUUAUCGGUGUCCUUCCGGAUAGGGGCGAGGAAAUUGCCUUGCGCCGACUGCACGCGUUUGCACAUAAGGUCGAAAAAAUAUAUCCACCUGGAGCUAAAAUAUCAAUCAUCAGCGAUGGUCACGUUUUUAGCGACUGCAUCGGGGUUGAUGAUGAGACGGUAGAUGAAUAUGGUGAACAUCUCAAAGUACUCAAUCGAGCCAUCUCUCUAGCCAUGAGCGAAGAAACGGAGCGAGUUCAGUUUCAAUCUCUUGUUGACCUGUUCAAACUGACAUCGUUCUCACCUUUGACUUCCCCGAUUGCUGUCGGAAUGCUGGAUCUCCCCGAGCUGCAACAUUACCUCGCCACAAACCUCGACAAUACCGCAGAAUUAUGUCGUCGAAUUCUGGUAGCCGGCUGUCAGCCUUCCGAAGAGAGCCUUCGUACACAAAUCGAAUCCGGAGACAAGUCCACCUUAGCUCUGUAUCGUGGGUUCUCACGAUUCAUGCUCCAGGACCUAGAUCGACAUCCACUCACACAAUCACAGUCGCGCUCACAACGAAAGAAGCUUGCAGCCAAAGUCGCCUUCGAGAUGAUCUUGCGAAACCAAGCGUAUUCCAAUUUGAUUGAGCUGAUAUUCCCGGAUUGUCUACGCCUGUCAAUUCAUGCCCACAAUAACUCCGGCCCCAAAUUCGGGAUCAGACUGUUUGACACUGCGACGGUACGCGCUAUUGGCCAACUAGAUUCAAUCGGUAGUAGUGGUAUCAACAGUGAUGAAGGCGAUGUGACUGCAUCGCAUCUUCUUCAUAUACCGACACCGUGGCAUAAUUGUAUCGUACAAGUUGCAGGUGACCCCAAGCUCUACGUGGUCAAAAAUGGUGUUGUCAAGGAGGGUUCGUUCAUUCCCAAGUACAGUGCUGACUUGGUCACCGGGAAUCUUGCGAAGGGUGAAGGGGCUUUUGUGUUGUUGAAAAGACACGUGGAUUCAGUCAGCACAACGUAG